UGCAUCCAGCAGGGGUCAGUAGAGAAACGCACACCUCAAUGUUCCUAGUUCAGGAGGAAGAUCACAGCGGCCUUUUUUUUCCUCCUCCUGCCGUUAAUGCACGAUGGCGGCCGCGUUGAGAGGGAGUCUCGUAACAUUGGCCAAGGGUCUUAGUGGUGUCCGGUUGCAGCCGUUGUGCGUCCGCUCUUUGAGUGUGACCUCCAGUCAGAAUGUUUCGGAGAGUCCCCCGGCGCGGGCCGACAGCACCUUCAAGGUCACCAUGCUCCCUGGAGAUGGAGUUGGACCUGAGCUGAUGACUGCUGUCAAAGAGGUUUUCAAGGCAGCAGAUGUUCCUGUGGAGUUUGAGGAGUUUCACUUGAGCGAGGUGCAGAACAUGGCCAGCGAGGAGAAACUGGAAGAGGUGUUGUCCUCUAUGAAGAACAACAGAGUCGCCAUCAAGGGAAAGAUUCACACUCCCAUGGAGUACAAGGGUGAACUGGCAUCAUAUGAGAUGAGACUGAGGAGAAAGCUGGACCUGUUUGCCAAUGUUGUUCAUGUGAACAGUCUGCCUGGCUACAGCACUCGCCACAAUAACCUGGAUCUGGUCAUCAUACGGGAGCAGACCGAGGGAGAAUACAGCUCUCUGGAGCAUGAGAGUGUUUCAGGAGUGGUUGAGUGCCUGAAGAUCAUCACCAGGGAGAAAUCUCGGCGUAUCGCUAAAUUUGCGUUCGACUACGCCACCAAGAAAGGCCGCAGCAAAGUGACCGCUGUCCACAAAGCAAACAUUAUGAAACUCGGGGAUGGUCUCUUCCUGCAGAGCUGUGCAGAAGUGGCUGAACUUUAUCCCAAGAUUAAAUAUGAAAACAUCAUCAUUGAUAACUGCUGCAUGCAGCUGGUGCAGAAUCCUUAUCAGUUUGAUGUGUUAGUGAUGCCAAAUCUCUACGGCAACAUCAUCGAUAACCUGGCAGCAGGGCUGGUGGGCGGAGCCGGCGUAGUUCCAGGCGAGAGUUUCAGUGCAGAAUAUGCUGUGUUUGAAACGGGUGCCAGACAUCCCUUCGCUCAGGCUGUUGGCAGGAAUAUCGCAAACCCUACUGCUAUGCUCCUCAGUGCAUCCAACAUGCUGAGACACCUCAAUCUUGAGUAUCACUCAAACAUGGUGUCUGAGGCUGUCAAGAAAGUUAUCAAGCAGGGCAAGGUGAGGACGCGAGACCUGGGGGGUUACAGCACCACUGGUGACUUUGUCCGUGCGGUUGUGGACAACCUGCGCCAUCGGACUGUUUGAAGAUGCUUGCCAUUAUCUAUCCCGGAUCACCCUAUACAUGCCACUUCUGAUCUGAAUAUGUUCAAAGAUGAUUUUAAAGCAGCCCUGUCAUAUACUACAUUAUCUUUCCUCAUUUCAUUUUCUCUCCUUUUUCUUUUAAUGCAUCCAUAUGUUAAUUUUAAUUUCUGUUUGUCACAGUAUAAAUCUUUAACCUGAAUUAUAGUUGUUUAAAAGUUUGGGAUUGGUAUUGUUUCAAAAAGAUUAUUAGUUUUUUUUUUAUUUGAUCAAAAUACAGUAAAAUUCUGAAAUACUAUUUCAUUCAAAAGCAAUUAUUUCAAAUAGUCACCCCAAACUUUUGAAUGCUAGUGUAUUUCUGACAUACUGUGCUUCUUUGUUCACUCCAGUUUUAAGUUUAAAUUUAAGUUUUAGUUAUAUAGAUAACUUUAGUUUCUUAUUCCUGCUUCUAUAGAAUGUCCGUUUGAGGCUGGUCCUCGUCGAAUUGCCUUUGUGAUUCCAGGACCUCUGUGAAUUUGAGUAUCAGCAAGUUUGCAAAAGCCAUUAGGCGUAUUGCGACUGAAGUGCCAGUGGUGUUUUUUCCCCUUCUUAAUGUUACUAAUGUAAACCUUGCUAAUCAAAUCUGCUGCUUCCAUGAGUCAGAUGGGCAAUUCUUGAUUUCAUGAUGCAGAUGUUCUGGACAAGAAGUCUGCUCCGUGCCAUUGCUGACUAUCUGUGGAAAUGAUGACUGACUGAAACCAAAAAUGAUGUCUCUCUGCCUAUCAGGCAUUUUUAAAUGACCUCAGUCAUUGCGGUACUGAUCUAGUUGUCUUCAUAUAUUUCUAAGCUCAGCACCUGUAGUAUUAGUAUUUCACAGUUUGGCGAACCAUGCAUUUCAAUUACACAGAUAUCUCAAGGUCUAUUCAUGCUUUAAAUGAACUGACCAAUGUUUUGUCAGAUGUGAAUUUUUAUUCUUUUCACUGCCAAAAAAAUAAAUAUGUGAAACCAAAA